GGAUAUCAGAAAACUAAUAGAAGAACAGAGGUCAGGCAUGAAUUAAGUGUUGCAGAUAUACCCUGGUUAGAGAAGAAAGUGUGGAUUCUAUGGUAGAAAUCCACAGUCCAGAUUUCCUAGCUUGUCCUGUGUGAACUUAAGUCAGGCUCAUUCUGAAUAGGAGUUUUCUUGCUCUCAGCUUGUCUUCUGCAAGCCAUGUGGCUCUACCUGGUGGCUCUAGUGGGCCUGUGGACCCUCCUGCGCUUGAUCAGGGAGAGGCAGGUGGUGAGCCAUCUCCAAGACAAGCAUGUCUUCAUCACGGGCUGUGACUCGGGCUUUGGGAACCUGCUGGCCAGACAGCUGGACAGGAGGGGCACGAGGGUGCUGGCUGCAUGUCUGACAGAGAAGGGAGCCGAGGAGCUGAGGAACAAGACAUCGGACAGGCUGGAGACAGUGAUCCUUGAUGUCACCAAAACAGACAGUAUUGUGGCAGCCACCCAGUGGGUGAAGGAGCGUGUUGGGAACAGAGAUCUGACAAUGCUAAAGUCACUGGACCAAAGGUGCAAAGAGAACCUCUCCUUGAUGACGGACUACAUGGAGCAUGCGCUGACUUCCUGUCAUCCCCGGCUUCGAUACUCAACUGGUUGGGAUGCCAAGCUUUUCUUCAUCCCUGUGAGCUACCUGCCCACCUGUCUUGCAGAUGCCUUCUUCUACUGGACCUCCCUGAAGCCUGACAAAGCUCUGUGAAGCCUGCAUCUGUUUCCGUAGUUGGGGGUAUAAGAGUGCAGUGUGAGGGAGAGGAUCCUCGGGAGAAGGCAGAUGCUGGGCUCGGGACAAACUUGUCACUGGAGGGGGAUUCACAGGUGCCUGACUUGUCUUUCUUCCGUGUGAGCAUGGAGAACAUCGAGCCACAGGAGAAACUGCUGUCUGUACAAUGAUUCCAAUUUUGGUAAAAACACAAAAUUGAUCUUCCAUGUAUCAUCCAUUUUACUUAUUUAAAUUAAAAAAAAAUUUUAUUUGUC